UUCACAUGUGAAAUCAACGCGUUGCUAAACCAGAUGGGAUGCUUCAGCUUUAGACGUAGAAAAAAACUCAAUCUCAUUUUGCGUCUGUAAUUUUUCGUUGAAAAAUAAUUUCUUCUGAACUGGCCAUUUAGUUGAUAAAAACUGAUUCUAUAAUUACUCUUCCUCAAAAGGGUGGAACACUACAUUGUCAGUUAAUUCCACACGUCCCAAUAUUUGAAGUCGUUCACAAAAAAAAAACGCACGUUAAUGUUGUGGGAGGCAAAAACGAAGCUGUUAAUUCAGUACAGAUGAUAGGGAAGCUGUGCAAACUGAACCAACCGACGACUGCUGAACGAAGUCUGAUGAAGCUGUUCAUUCGGCAUUCAUGCUUAGUAGGAGAGGCGGUAGCUCAGCUCAGUUACCAUACCUACUCAUAGCGACGAAAACAUAAUUCCAACCGCGUGCUGAAGUUAGCAGCAGCGUUCAGUACAGUACGGACCAUCGAAUAUCUUACAAGUGCUUCUCCAGCAGUCGGCUGUCGGUCAGUGGGUUUUUUUUCUCGUUGUUGUUAAUGGUGGAACAAUAUUUAUCAAACGAAGAGAAUUUUUUAGCUUUAACUUGGAGCUUCUUGAACCGUGUGUACGUGUGUCUGUUUGAAGGCCAAACAUAAAAAUUUAGUGAUUCGACGGGUGUCCCAUUCAUCGGCCAGUUGAUUUCAAUUAGUGCUGAUUCGGUUACGCGACGGACAUCCGUACGUAGUCCAAAGUUGAAGUUAUGCGAAGCUGCGAUUAGUUAUCGUGUCUGUUUCAAGUGCUCGUCUUAAUUAAUCCUCACUAAUGUGCAGCGGCAGUUACUUGUAGAGAGGGAUCAUUCGAGUGAAAUAGGAUUGAGUGUUGCGCGGGACGCGACCGUAAUUAGUGGAUAAAAAUAAAGCCUGUCGAUUACUGGAAUAAUUCGAAUCGUUGAGGCUUUUGGAUUGUGGAUAAUUCGAUUUGGAGACUUGUUUUGCCGCUCGACUGGAUAGCUGAGAAUUUAGGCCUGCUCGAUACAAUCCCGCCAAAUCUUAGAAUGUUUUUUCUCCGGUUGCAAUUAAUAGAAGCUGCAGCAAUCAUUGGGACGCAAAACUUAUCUAGUUCGGAUUAAUAACCCAACGCACACAGUAUGAACUUCUGCCUGCGACCAGUGACCUAACCAAAACCCACUGAAGAAACCAUAUAAAAAACAACGCAAUGCCGGAAGCCACAAAAGCCGUAAAAAUAAUGAAUCUCAGUGCCGUGUUCGAUCUGAACUACGCAGCCGAUGGUCCACUGCUGAACCACGACGCCCUCAGUAUGGAAGAUAAUUUAACCGAGCUGUACGGUCCCAAACGGGAUCCACUUUACGUGGUCCUCCCGGUAACGAUUAUUUACGUAACCAUUUUCGUAACGGGUGUGAUUGGUAACAUCAGCACUUGUAUCGUGAUAGCGAAAAAUAAGUCCAUGCAUACGGCAACCAAUUAUUACCUCUUUAGUUUGGCCAUUUCCGACUUCCUGCUGCUGCUCUCCGGCGUACCCCAGGAGAUUUACUUCAUCUGGAGCAAGUAUCCGUACAUUUUUGGCGAGUUGUUCUGCAUUAUGCGAGGGAUUGCGGCGGAAACGUCGGCCAAUGCGACCGUCCUCACGAUAACGGCUUUCACCAUCGAACGGUACGUGGCCAUUUGCCAUCCCUUUCUGUCGCACACGAUGUCGAAACUGUCCCGUGCCGUCCGGUUCAUCGUCGCCAUCUGGAUAGUGGCGAUUGUGUCCGCCAUCCCGCAGGCCCUGCAAUUUGGCGUGACCAAUCAAACCGGCAUAGAUCAGUGUGUGGUGAAGCGAAUAAUUAUUCAUCACUCGUUCGAGCUGUCGACUUUCAUUUUCUUCUUCGCUCCGAUGACACUCAUCACGGUGCUGUACGCUUUGAUUGGUUUGAAGCUGCGCUCCUCGACACUGAUGCAGCGGGACGGAACGUUACAGCAGCGGCGCGGGAAUGCUACUUGCCCGAACAACCGCCAGCACGGAACCAGCCAAGGGACGCGGAGAGUCCUAAAGAUGCUAGUCGCAGUCGUGGUUGCAUUUUUCAUCUGCUGGGCUCCCUUCCACGCCCAAAGGCUCGUGUACAUCUACGGUGUCGACAAGGACCACCAACCGACGGAUCCGCUGAUCUUGAAGUUUUUCGUCGUCACAACUUACGUCUCCGGUAUCCUGUACUACCUUUCAACCUGCAUCAACCCGCUGCUGUAUAACAUUAUGAGCAACAAAUUCCGCCAGGCUUUCAAGGAGACGCUGGCCCACUGUUGUUACUGUUCGCGGAAAUCAAGCUGCAAGGAGCGUUCAUACCGAAUCUUGUGUCGAAGCGACCGACGUCCAGCUGCAAACAAAGAAUCUUCUGAGUUCUCAGGCAAUUCCGCCCAGGAUGACAGUCUGUACUCAUCCUCCACUCAGAAGCAAUCCCUUGACUCCAUAGCGCUAUCUCGAGGCCAAUCUGUGAAGCGUUUCAGCAGCUGCUACGAGCGUGCUGCGGGAUCCGAGCGUGGUGAGAUUGGCCGCGUCCCGAAGUGUCCGGCGACGAAACCGCCGUCGGCGGCGAUGAUGACGCCAACCGUUUCGGCCCAUCUGGAUCUUUAUGCGCCGGGUAAGGAACUGUGUAUAAAUGUCUUCUCAUCGAGCGAUUCGUUGUCUCGGUCCACCGAGAGUAUUUCGCGACUGACUGUAAAACUGAACCGUUUAUCUUUCGACGAAUCGCAGAAGAAUAACACGAAGAAGCCCCCGCGUCGAUAUGUUUGCCGAUCAGCAAGGAGGCUUCCGCCAAAUCCAACCAUGGCUACGGGAGGUGACCGUCCUACUGCUGCUACUCAGGAAACCACAGAAGUCAACUUGGUGUGCCGCAACCAUGGUCCCGUAGAAAUACUGUUCAAGCACAAAAACCAGAGCAAGCAGCGCACUGGGUUUAAGUUUUGGAAAAUUUUUCGUCGUCGACGGCAGCAGAAAUGGCGCCGAGCUUCGGCGUAUUUUUGUAGCCCCACGAAGUGCGGCCAGAACGAUAACGCAUCGCAGAAGGAAGACGUUCCCGGGCGGUCCUCUCUAGCAUUAGAUUUUGGUAAACCCCAAAACUGCAGACACCAAGAGGAUGAUCUGGAGGCGUACAUGAGGGAGAUAAAGCUGAGAGAAAAUGUGUCGAAUACCGUUUGUUGAGAGAGAGAAAAAAGGGAAUAAAUUUAUUUCUUGUAUUACCUAAGCAUCAUCGAAAUCUACUGGUUAGUGAAAAAGUACUUUUAGGAUGAGUGUUUUCUAGGUUAAGUCCACUAUCUAUUUACAUAUGUACAAACAAAUAAAAAAAUGGAAAAGGAGAGAUGAAUGCAAAAAACUUCACAUUGAAGAGAGCAGAGGUUUCAGUAAAUUGAAUGAAUAAUACAAGUAGAUUUCCUAUCAUGAAGUAAUAUUAAAUCGAUUCGAAUGGCUGUGCAUAAAUAAGAGUUAGUUUUUCGUUAGGACUUUCUUAAUAUCCCUACUACUUGUGAUAUGUUUUCAAAGAAAUAUAUUCAGCUGUUGUCUAUGUUGUAUAGAAUUAAAA